CAGCGAAUGGCAAUGCAACAGGGGGUGACACACUGGACGUCUACUUUAUCUGGCACCCAGCACGCUACGACCAAACUAGGUGCACGGUUCCACUUUCGGGGUCUCUUCCUUCGGCAAAUCGACUUUUCCUUUGACGAAUUAAGCUUCAUCAUCACAUACUUGGCGAAUGAAACUACGAUCUGCGAGCAGCCAUGGUGGAGGGGACUUUCACAUGCCGAACGUCUCGAAGCUGCCAGUCGAAUGAAAAUGCAGCACCUUCAUCGAGGAGAAGAGCAUGUGAUCUGGUUAACCUCAAUGGAGACACCACGAUCGUGUAUCCUCCUGUACGGCAACGCUGAGGCCAGACCAUUGAAUAUUGCCACCACUCCAGUACUGAAUUUCACCGAAGGCUCCGUUGUUGGCAACCUCGGCGCUCCACAACGCGUACAAUCUGCUUCCUCCGAAGCGAGUCGCGCUUCGUUUUCAUCAAACACAGCGCAGUCAAUAAGUGGAGUCUCGGAUAGCAAAUGGAGACGCAUUAAGCGCGAGAAUUCCCUGCGUAAGGGCAUCCACUUGUACAACAAGAUUAUAAUAUCGGGACCAGCGGACUACAUUGUGCUUACGGCAAGUGAUAUCCGAGAGAGUGGCUCGGGUGCAGCAGACCGUCUUCAGUGGGCCAAGCAGUUUGGCCUUGAGCGGUUUAUCGGGUGUCUCCGCCAGACUGUCUUUGAGCCGGGUACGAUUAUUGUCCAUGAAGGCCAUCAACUCAACAACUUGUACCUGCUCCUCGAAGGCGAGUGUCGAGCGUCAGUCGAACGUGACGACUCCAGCACUUCGAGUAUUGCUCAGUCCAACGAAGCAAAUUCCAUCAGCUCCAAGCCACCACUUACAACUGCUGAAGCUCAGCUACGACAUACACGCAGAUUCCGCUGGAGUGACGACUCGCAACUGCCUGUAGCUUCGCUUGGUCCCAAAUCGACUGUGGGUGACAUCUCACUGAUGCUUGGGAUCCCGGAGCCCGUCACUGUGAGAGCAGUGACGACUGUAAAUGCCUUGACACUCUCCCAAGAAGAUUUUAUUCGCGAAACCAGCGAUCGACAUGAUCCAACAGUGGUCGCUUGUAUCGAGAAGUUGCAGAGUACAGCGUACGACACGCUGCGUUUCAUCCUUGAACGUGUCGAAACAGAGUCCAAGAAUGAACACUGCGAUCAGCGUCUCAAGAUUGAUUCACUCCGCGAAGCUCUGCGCCAAAAGCAGCCAGGAGAUAAACACUCGAGGGUCCUAUCCUCUCCACGUGAAAGUUCUCGGGCUGUUUCUCAGCCUGGCGGCCUCCCAUCCGAUGUCAGGACCUCCAGUGGUGGUGCUCAAUUGUCCAGGAUCGUAUCGCUUCCGUCGGUAGUUUUGAAGCAUGCUACGUCCAGUGUCGAUACCAGGAGACAAUACUUUCGCAACCAGUUUGAGACUUCAGUCGCCGCCGUAUCAGGUGAGGACGUCGCUCCUAUCGAGAGUCCGACGCGAAUGACUCGACAGCAACGUAAGGCAGCACGAGCUUUUGCCAACUUACAACACCCGGUGGCAGGCAAAAGUCUCGCAGAAUUUGUACAAAUGUCGAACAAGGCAAAAGAUGACAAGUCUCCAGUCGCGGAUCCCCCGCACACGACUCCACAAACCGAAGGCCUUCUCUUCUUGUUCCCAACAAUGACCAAGCGCCGACAACUUCACGGAAAGACUUUGCCUUUACUUCCUCGAUAUCGGGGCUACGAUGGCGUUCAAACACAACAGGACAGUCAGGCUGCAAGAUGA